GCUGGAUGCGAGUUCCACAUCUGCGGAAAAGGUUGGGCUCGAAAUUGUCAGUUCUCCUAUUAUUGAUGGUACAAUUGAUGCCACGGUCGAGCAACACUACAACCUUUCACGCCACGACCAUCUAUGGAGGUUGGAUAUCUACCUGAAACGCCCCUUCGCAGCAUGGCCCUGGAUCCCACAUAUCCUGUCACGCAUCACUUCAAAACACUUUCAAUCAUCUCCGUUGUGGUUCUUGAUAUGAAUCACACGCACAAUCACCUGGACGACUUCCUGGUGACAAUGGAGCAAGAUGGUGUCUUGGGACAGCUGGACGACAUACUGCAGGAGAAGUACUGCUCCAGUACAUCACUCAAUGUUUGCCUAGGCUUCUUUCCAUGUCGUGAUUGCACUUGGGUCGCUGGCAAACAGUGUUUUGGGACGGGUUCAACACUCCAGGAGCAGUUUGAUCGGUUGGACGGGCAUCGGUGGGACAAGCUUGUCAGGCAGAAGAUGCCACACUCAAAUGGACGAGGUAUACUGGCCACCGCACAUAAUAUUGAAGAACGCUUCAGCUGGGGAAUCGUACAGCGCGAGUUGAACAGACAAACACUGGAGGAGAGGUGCAGCCCGAGAGUCGAGAUGACGAGGGUCCUCAAGACACUGCGGAUUGACGUCCUCGAGAUCCCGCAUCGUCGCAGUAAUUGUUGCUUGGAGUGCCGUGCACCGCAGCCGGAAUGCGGGUCGGAGGACCGACGUUGCUGGUGUCAGGGAAGGCAUUCGUGCUCCCUCGAAUCAUAUUCAUUCCUCGAGAACCUUAGGACUGGACAGACGUUGAUAGGCAUAUCUUGUGCUCGAGAUAGACAAUUGAGUGUUGACGUUGAACAAUAAGUCUCCGUC